AUGGCGUCGCAAGGCCCAAUCUCCGAAGUUGAAGCACUAGACGAUCGGCUGCUGAAUGACAUCGGCAUCGACCAACCUAGCAAUCCAGCGCACGAUGUCACCAGUCAAUCUGAGCAAUUUCUGGCUCCCCAACCAGGAUCGAAUUAUCCCCUAGAUUACUCCGAUGUUCCGUCCACCGCCGAUUCACAAGAUUCCUCGAAACAAAGACGGAAACACCAGCGCGGUGGCCGAAAAGCGAAGAAGCAGGAGGUCCAGCCGGUUUCAGAACUGGAUAUUCCCCCAAAGAAGAAUGGCGAGACUCCCGAGGAGGAAGAACAGCCGAAAGUUACCAAUCCCAAAUUGAAGCAUAGGGGUUCAGAUUCUCCGCUUGAGACUGGAAUAAGAGCCUUCAGCCUAAAAAGGGCUGAGUCCUCGGGUGGCAGACCUUUUGGCGUUUCAAUAGAGAGACAAGGCUCAAAGAGCAGGUCUAAAGCCAAAGCUAGACAAAAGUCGAAAUGCACGGCAUGUGGAAGGAGACCAAAGCACAUGCCAGACUUAAAGAAUACGAGGAAAGACGACUGGGAGAGCGAUAAUACAAGUGAGGCUGAGGAGAGCGAGGAAGAAGAGGAGGACCAGGAGGAGCACCAGGAGGAGCACCAGAAGGACGACGGGGAGAAGCUGCCGAAGAAGUCGAAGAAGAAGAAGCCCUUCGCUAUACGCUUAGACCUUAAUCUUGAGCUUGAGAUAUUCCUUCGCGCGAAGAUUAAGGGCGAUGUUACAAUAACAUUCUUGUAA